UCUCCCUUGGGAUACAAUCUUUGAGAAUAUCCAACAAGUGUGAUUCCUCAUCUAGAUCCCUGCCAAAAAGAGAACGACGGCAGGCAAAAUUCCAGGACCAUGAUACAUUAGACCAUGCUCCCACAUGCUUUAGUAGACAAUCCUUGUUAUCAAAACUUGUAACACCGUCUGUCUGGCCCGAUUUUCUCUCCCAAUUCCUACCAAAAUUCAAAGGCGAAACCGGCCGACGUUGAUACCAAUUCCUACUCGCUCGAGAAAUUUAAUCUCUACGAGACGAGAGCGGUUGCAUUAAGUUUUUGGAGUCAUACUACUUGAUCCUGGUCACAAAGAGGCAUCAAAUUGGAUGUAUAUGUGGUCAUGCAAUAUAUGGUAUUGAGGAAAGCCAGUUGAUUACUAUUCCACGUCUCUAUUCAAUCUGAUGUGGCACAUUCCAAAACUGAACUAAGGUACAAAAAGCUGCUAUCCAGUGUGGAUUUGACCAAAGAUUUCUUCUACAGUUAUACAUAUACCACAAUGCAAAGUUUGCAAAGAAUGUAUUGCCCACGGGAGAAGAAGGGAUGCCAUAUGAUAAUAUAUUUGUCUAGAAUUCCUAUUUAACUCAAGCUAUUCGAUUGAAAUGCAACAAUACUUUUUGGACAAUGUUAGUUCAUGGGCAUCUUAAACAGGUAUUCAUCUCCAUUCUGCUUUGUGAUGACAGUCUAGGCUGUCAAAUUUUGGGAGAGAUUUCAGUGUUUCUCUAGUUUCAAGCUGUUCUUGGCAUUUUGCGGGAACAUGUUACUUGAGAAGGGGAGUUAAUGGUAUUGAAUGACGUUGAAACUGAACAAAUUGUCCUAGAAGAAGAGGCUGGUUCAUGUAAGGGAAAAAUGAGUUCCAUUGUUCAGAUGCAUGGGUUGAUUCCUCUUUUCUGGUCACAAGAGGCUUUGAGAUUUAGUCCUAAACAUGAUAUAAUCUUGCAGAGGUAUUAUCCAACAUAUGAGGCAACCAAAUUGCAUUUUGAAGACCUGGCAAUGAGAUAUGGCAAUCCAAUAAUUUUGCUUAAUGUGAUUAAGGUUAGGUGCAGAAGGACAACUGUCCCUAGCAUGCUUUUGUUGUGUACUUUGUUUGAAUGCUUGUUGAGUUUGUUUUAUAUUAUAAUGCAUAAUCUCUUGAGGAAUUGAUAAUGCUAACUCAUACAAAUUAAAUGUAAAACAUUUGUGAGUUCUUAUGGCUUGUUGUUGACUGGAUAUCAGAAAGUUUAUUAAUUUCAACUUUAAAAUGUUGCAAGAAGUGAUAUUUUUUCCUUUAGUAACUAGGGAAUUCUGGGUUCAUUAUUGUUUCAUUUUGCUUUUUCUGACUUGAUUAGUUGUAAUGGUACAGAAUGUUAGCAAAGGCCUAGAGAUAUGAUGUUGAGGCGUGAGUUUGCAAAUGCAAUUGGGCAUUUGAACACAGUUCUCUCUGAAGAAGAUCAUCUUAAAUUUAUUCACGGGGACUUUCACAAGUUUGAAAAGAGUUUUGUUUUCUUCUUAUGCAUUUGAAUGCCCCUGUUUCUCCUUCCUCCCUAUCUACUUUCCUACUUAUCUCUUGAAACUGGAAUUUAUUAUUUUCUUCUUUCUUGAUCUCACAGCAAGUCUGCCAAUGUUUUGGCUGUUUUGGGUGCUGUGGCUAGUGAAGCUCUUGAUUUGACUGGUUUUUACUAUAGUGGGAAACUUAACAAUGUUAAGAAGAGAACCAACAAACCCAGCCAAACAAGUACUGGCAGGUAUCAUAGAGUACUAA